AUGGCUCGCCAGGGCAGCGACGACUCUGCGCCCAACUUCAAUGGCCCGGAGAGUGCCGAGUCCGUCGCGACCCCGCCUCCCGCAGCCAUGAGGCUCGAGUUCCGUCCGCCCCGCGCCAACGAGCCCCGCCUGUCGUUCCGCCCCACCAAGAUCAAGGACGACAAGAGCUUCUUCGCCGUCUGUGUGAGCCACGACAGCGACAAUUACGACCGCUUCCCAGGCUGCUGGGACCCCACGUCGCCAGAGUACCAGCCGUCGGCCGAGACGGCGUUCUACGAUGCGGCGGGCUGGGCCCACCCCCCGCCGCUCCCCGUGCUUUCCCACGACGACACGAGCUUUAUCAUGGAGUUUGUGAGGAAGAUCUACCAGAAGGAGGACCCCGAGCACCCCGGGCUCGGCCACCACGGCCCCCGCCCCGCCGCCGCCGCCGCUGCGCCGGUCCCCGAGGCGCCAGAGCCCUCGGCGCCCGCCAACCCCCCCUACCCCGCCGUGCCGUUCCCCGAGGCGCCGAUGCCCUUCCCGCCCGCGCACCCCCAGCCCUACCCCUUCCCCGACGUUCCCCCCGAGCCCGAGGUUGACGCGGCUGAGGCUGCGGCCCCCGCCCGCGGCCCUUUCGACAGCCCUCCUCCCCGCGCUGUCCGCGCUACCACGCAGGCCUGGAUCGAGGACCAGCGCGGUGCGCGCGUUCCCGACGAGGAGCGCAGCGAGGAGGAGAAGGAGGCUUGA